UCACUUCUUUAAGAAGUGGUGUUGAACUUAAUGUAGGCCUUUCGAGGACUACAACUCUGUUAAGUUCGUUUUUCUUUUCAUUUACUGAAAUUGUUGAAUUUUGAAUUUCGUCAAACCAUACGCUUGUCAUAUGGUUUGACUGUUUCUGGAUCACGAAGCAGUUUGAAUGCGCUUGGUGCAUCUGCUUUUUAUGCUUGCAAGACACAGUCCUGGUCACGAUUCGAAUGAUUUCAAAUGCUACCGAAAUUAUGGAACAGACCAAAGACCCAUCACUUCCCAGGGAUUUACCAGCUCCGGAUCACUUACCCCAGGAAGAUAGUUCAUUCAUGAGUUUGUCCAUGGCAACGCACAAGGACUCCUCCACGUCAGCAUGGAACUCAGGACGUAAACGAAACAUUUCUAACCCCAAGGAUGAAUCUGCUGUCGACUCUAUCCCCAAAGCCCAUAUAUUCCAAAAUCAAGGAGCUUUCGAAUAUGACCAGGAGAAUUUCGUACCUCACAAAAAACCUAGAUUAGACUUUGACAAGACCCCGUCAGACAGCACCCAUUUACCCAUGGAAGUGUGGCAGCAUGUCUUUUCGUUCCUGGAUCCAAAGACUCUUGGUAUACUUCUACGCGUUAAUAGGACUUUCAACUCUUAUCUUGCCUCUAGUGAUAUACAUCCAGAUGAUACCCCUACCUACGGUGUUUUGAGGCCUGUGAACCCAAUGUCUAUCUGGUCCAAAUCCCGGAGGUUCUUCUAUCCUGUAAUGCCGAAACCCUUGGCUGGUAUGACCGAACUAGACAUGUGGAAAUUGAUCGGAGCAACCAGUUGCCAGUUCUGUAAAAAGAAAGGUUUAAACAAUUCAUCACCAAGAUCUGCCUCUCCUUGGGAACGCGGGCCAGGCCUGGACGGAGUCCGUAUUAUUUGGCCCUUUGGUAUUAGAACGUGCUCACAAUGCUUUUUUGCACGAGCGAAAAAGGAUGUGGAUGUUAUGUUAUCUCCAUUACCUACUUUUCUUCUAGAAGGUCUUGUAUUUGUUCUGAUGACUCCAUCCAUGCACAUGAUACAACCCAUGAUUCUACGAUCUAGACAAUUUCCUCCUGGUUUACAAAUGGACAAAUACUACCACGACUCUGACAUCAAAGGCCUCUUGGAAGAGUUUGAACGCGUCAAGGCUUUUGGAGCGGCGACUCUUGAAGAAUGGACGAAGGGAUUGGGAGGCGAGAGACUGAGGAAGACGGCACAUAUCGCCCGGUGGGAACAAUGGGAGAACAGCGGCGGCCUACAUCAUAUCAAACCUCAAUUUAGUACACCAAUUAACUGCAUCCCACUAACUGGAUCCAGCUGCCAACCGGAAUACCGCGAGGGUCCAGUGGUGGAAAGUGCUCCAUUAUCUCUAACGCACAAAUUGGCCGACAAGGAGGGAUUUCCGUCUGGUUCUAACCACCAGGAUGACCCGUCUCCGGAACCAGCUCUCAAUUUGCCGCAAAGCCGCAGCGAGCGACGUUUACGCGACGUUAAUGAAGCUAAGGCUCUACGAAGGGUAGAAAUCGAACGCCGCUGCUUAGAGUUGAGCCCGCCGUUGACUGCCCAAAUCCUUAGCCAUAUGGACUCCUUUUUAGCGGCAAUACAAAUACCACAUACUUUAUCUGAGAGGGAUUGGGAUGUUUUGAAACCGCGUCUGAUCUCCCAGCGCGAAGGAGCGGAAAAGAAAGAGUCUGACCGUUUGAGACAAUCCCAACUACUUAAGGUCAAGACCGAAGAGCGUCAGCAGGAAGAGGCCCAAUUGAAAGAAGCAAAGGCAUCCCUAGAUCAUGAGUGGGAUGAGGUCCAGCGUCCUAUUCGCGAUGAAUUGAGUCUUUUUGCCGAGGACUUCAUUAAUGAAAACUGGCAAGGUGGGAGUUUGCUUACUAAAGACAAAUGCGCCCAAUUCGCUGCCGAUGUAUUGAUGCAUGUACGGAAUAAGUUUUGUUCUCGUGUGCAACAGGAAGAUGCCGUUGCUCAAGCCUCUGGGGUUCCUGUACAGGCUGAUUCGUCAAGUUUGCUGCCAGCCCGCAAGUUGAUACUGGAGAACAUGAAGUGGGUUUUCGACAAUAAAAUUAAGCCACUCACAGAAAAACAUCAAAAGGAGUUGUUUCUGUGCAAUGGUUGCGACAAUAAUCUUAGAUUUUACGGCUUUGAAGGAGUGAUACAGCAUUAUGCAGCUAAACAUACUACAGCUCUCAGUCGUGGAAAUGUAGUUGUCUACUGGCGCGCUGAAUGGCCUGAGAAGCCACCAUUUCAUCCUAAUCCAAAUGCCGCCAGGGCUCUCAUCCAAGCAAGCUCACAAGGUGGUUUCGCUCAGACCCAUGGCUAUACUGGUCAACAAAAUACAACAAAUUUAUAUAUGGCCACCCCGGAACAACGACAUCGCAUGCUAUCAGACGCACAAUUUCAAUCUCCUCGUUCGUUUGGACAUUCCCCAUAUGCCUAUAUGCAUGGCCCGUUCCAACCGCCGUCACCGAGAAUGAGUCCCUAUUAUGCUACGCCUCACUCUAACUAUGUUUUUCCCACAACAUCUGCCAUGACAACGUCUGCGUACGAUCAGUCAUCGAUGCGCAGCCCGUCUCUCAAUUCUCAUCCUUCUCCGGCUACCUACCAUUCACAUAUGUCACAGGCACUUCAUGCAUACCCCUCACCAGCAUAUGGCCCUUCUUCACUUUACUCUCCAGGUUUACACAAUACCUCUCACGGCAAAGGUUCCGGGGCUGUCUCGCAGUACAUGGAUCCUGAGCGCAUGGAUAGUUAUCAGAAUCAACUCAAUGACAUCGCUCAAAUUUCUCGCGAUGUGUGGAAUGCGACAUCUGGAAUCAAAGAUCUUCCAGCCAGCAUUCGUGCAUUUGUGCUAAUAUACCAUGUCAUUCUGACCGGCAACCGUCAAUUCAAUAUUGACCCUUCCAUCACACUCUUCUCGGAUGGGCUCAAUAACCAUCCUCAAAUGAAGCCGAUGCGCAACCUCAAUGGCCUGGUCUGCAAAUGUUGCGCAGACAAGGAAAACCGGGAUGUGGUCAAUUGUCAUUCACCAAAACCAAAGCUAUAUAGCCUCCCAGCUCUUAUCAGUCACUUCCAGUGGACACAUAUGGAACACUCUAGUCCUAGGUUUGGCACGCACCAAAGUAAAGGCGACUGUGGCUUCGACUGGAGAACAGACAUGAUUUCUCUUCCUAGCGACUCGUCUAUAAGAUCAUCGUUACGUACACCCGGUAUGGACGAUUUUAAACUACAGAUCAUCCUGGAUGCCCUCGAAUCAACAUUCGCAACUCCGUCUACCCUCUAUUCACGGGCGGUUGAACCCAUUCGCUCUUCGGCCACCUUACAUAGAUCUGACUUAGAAUCUCGAUCGAAUCCUAGGCCUGAGCUUGAUGAUCUAAAGGGGAACCAGAUCCAUGAUUCCGAUCCAUACGCAAACCUACCAAGAAGGUCCAUAAAUACAGAGUCAGAUAUAGAAAACAGGGCCAAUCAGUCUAUGCAUGAAAAUAAGUACUGUGAGGAUCGGAAAACUCGUUUCUUCCUUCGCUCUCCUCGCACGGUCAUUAAGAGCGAAAAUGAAUCUACAGAUUCUGCCCUGAUGGAAGUCGACCAGCAGGAGUUGUCAGGCUGUCCGAGUUUCCAUCAGAUUAGAAGACGUGAUUUCCGCAGCCCCCAAUCUCGAUUUGUUAGAUUACCUGAGAACGACCUCCAGAUGAGGAUAUUAGAGCCCUAUGAGGAAUCUCACCCGCUUUCAUCGCUCCGGCCAAAUUCGCGUCCUAUUAAUCAUCGAUAUGCCUGGUUACCAUCAGAUCAAUAUGAUGUUGUGAUGUCAGAUAAUCAGAUCGAUGCAAAAAGACCGAGUGAACCUAGCCGCUAUUAUUCUCUCGACGGUGGUACCGUCUUGAAAGAUGAGGGCCCCCUCACUACAUACACAAAGAAAGAUCAUAUUACAGAAAAGCAGGGCAUAAUAGGACCAUACCCCGAAGAUUCUGCUUCUGGCCAAGAGCAAAUUGUUUACGAAGGUGAAGAAUAUCAGGACUCGAGGACAAACUCCCAAUCCUCUCGCCAAACAUAUCAUUUACAAACACUAGAAGAGCCAGGUUGGCGCCGUGCUUUGGCAGGCGAUGAUAUCAUGGAGCACAGCUUAUACGCUCCUCAGGCAGAAUACGCACCAAACAGGGCUUGGAAACGAAGGAGAGAGGUCAUUCCGGCCAGAGAAAUUGAAGCUCGUCGCCAGAAUCGAGCGUCGGGCUCGCCUGAAAUCAGUUAUGUACCGGUUGGACGGAAGCUCUCGGGUCACUUGGAUGGAAGAAGGCCAUCUAGUCGGUUCGACAGGUAUGAAGCUCAGCGGUAUGAGCCUCUCUCGUCAAGCUCGAGGUCCUCGUCUAUCAAGGACGGACCGCACUCGAGUUCGCAUUUUAUUCGCGACCAGCAACAUACCCAACCCCAGGCUCCGCGCUAUUACAUCGAAGAGUCGGCUCAUCCGUAUGCGAUACUAGGAGCUAAUCAGUCCUUUACACCAGAUGUGAGACGCGAUGUCCAUGGGUACACGAAGACCUUUGGCGGUGAGCAGGCUUACUAUGACACGACAAAGGAGAUGUAGUCCGCAUCCCUAUUACAUGAUAAUAAAACUC